AUGUCGUUGUCAAUCCCCGGUCCCUCCCAGGCCGGUCUCUUCAAGCCUGGAUACCAAAGCCAUGACGCCGAAGACGGUGCCGUGAUCCGCAACAUCGAAGCAUGUCGAGCAAUUUCCCAGACCGUCCAGUCCUCUCUAGGCCCCUAUGGCCGCAACAAGAUCGUCAUAAACCAUUUACAAAAGAUGUUUCUUACUUCAGAUGCCGCAACAAUCUUGCGAGAAUUAGAUGUCGUGCACCCCGCCGCCAAGUUGCUUGUGAUGGCCAGUCAGCAACAGGACUCCGAGAUGGGCGAUGCGACGAAUUUGGUCAUAGUUUUUGCCGGAGAGCUGUUGAAGAAGGCCGAAGAACUGUUGAGGAUGGGAUUGAAGACAAGUGAUAUCGUGAACGGUUAUGAGAAGGCGCAAGACUUUACCUUGAAGACCUUGGAGGACCUCGAGGUGGAUCGUCUCAAGGAAAUGCGAUCCGCAACAGAGCUCAGCAAAGCCCUUACCACCGUCAUUGCCAGCAAACAAUCCGGCAACGAAGAAGCCCUUGCCGCCCUUGUCUCCGAGGCCGUCCUUGCGGUCCUGCCUAAGAACCCCGCCAACUUCAACGUCGAUAAUGUCAGAGUGGUCAAGAUCAUGGGUGGUAGCCUGGAACAAUCACGUGUCGUCAAAGGCAUGGUUUUCGGCCGUGAACCCGAUGGACAAAUCAAGAAGGCUCGCAAAGCCAAGGUCGGCGUCUUCAGUUGCCCGAUCGACACCUCCCAGACCGAAACCAAGGGAACUGUUCUUUUGAAAAAUGCACAGGAGAUGCUCGAUUUCACAAAGGGCGAGGAAGACCGUCUCGAAGCUACCAUCAAGGAGUUGUACGACUCUGGUGUACGCGUUGUUGUUGCUGGAUCCACCGUUGGCGAAUUGGCUCUCCACUACCUUAACCGAUUCAGUAUCCUGGUUAUCAAGAUCAUGUCCAAAUUCGAACUCCGCCGUCUUUGCCGGGUGGUUGGAGCCACACCGCUCGCUCGCCUCGGUGCACCCAUGCCGGAUGAGAUGGGCAAUAUCGAUGUGGUCGAAACUACAGAGAUUGGAGGUGACCGUGUGACUGUUUUCCGUCAAGAGGAUGCCAAUACCGUUACUCGUACUGCUACCAUCGUUCUCCGAGGCGCUACACAAAAUCACCUUGAUGAUGUCGAACGUGCUAUUGAUGAUGGUGUCAAUGUUGUCAAAGCCAUUACCAAAGACCCCCGUCUCGUCCCUGGUGCUGGAGCUACAGAACUUCAGUUGGCGGAACGCAUCUCUGCAUUUGCAGACAAGACUCCUGGAUUGGCUCAAUAUGCUAUCAAGAAAUACGCAGAGGCAUUCGAAGUUGUUCCCCGAACACUGGCCGAAUCUGCGGGUCUCGAUGCCACCGAGAUUCUUUCACGACUAUACACCGCCCACCAGCGCAACAAGAAAUCCGACUCUGAAGAAGAAGACGAAGAUGAUGAUUCAGAAAACUCCGCAGAGGAGUCUGAAGAGGAAUCCGAUGAAGACGAUGAAGAACCAUACUGGACAACUGGAGUCGAUCUUUUCGGAAACUCCACGACCGGCACAGUUGAUGCUUUGGAAGAGGGUAUUCUAGAUCUCAUGGCUUCUAAGAGCUGGGCUAUCCGCCUGGCGACCGAGUCUGCUCGCACAGUCUUGAGUGUUGACCAGAUUAUUGUUGCUCGUCAAGCCGGUGGACCGAAGCCACCUGGCCAGAACCCUAACUGGGACGAGGACUAA